AAGAAGAAGAAGAGAUAUUGUGAAGAACUCUAAGUUACGAUCUCAAACAAUGGAAGGAGAAGCUGUCGCCGCAGUCAUUCAAGUUUUAGUCCAAAACCUCAUCGACCAAUCCAAGAAAGAGAUCUCACUAAUCCGUGGUCUCGACAAAGAAGCAGCAAAGCUAGCUGGGAGUCUAGAUACGAUCCAGAAAUUCUUGAACGAUGCUGAAAGCCGUACCAUUCCCGGUGGGACUGUCAAAAGCUGGUUGAGGAAGCUCGAAGAUGUGGCGUUUGAUGCUGACAACGUUUUGGAUGAACUCAACUAUCAUCUUCUCUCCAAACAAAUCAAGUCCAUCAAACCCAUGAAACAAAAGGUACUAUCGUGCUUCUCAUCCUUCAGUAAGAUUGGGCAUCAGAGAAACAUAGCUCUCAAAAUCCAAGAAAUCAAUGAGAAUUUGGAGUCCAUUCAAAAAGAGGGAGCCGGGCUUGGCCUCAAAGAGAGGCUUGCCAACAAUGUGUCCAAUUUGCCUCAUGCAGCUUUUGAAACUGAUUCCUUCUCAUAUGAUCCAAUUUUCAUUGGAAGAGAUGAGUUGGUGUCCGAAAUAGUUGAGGUUAUUAACACUGGUACCACAACGGAUGAACGUGUAGUUUCUAUGUUUGCCAUCGUGGGAAUGGGAGGAUUGGGGAAGACAACCUUGACUAGAAAUGUCUUCCAUCAUCCAAAGAUAAAAAAUCACUUUGGAUCACGUCUUUGGGUGCAUGUUUCUCAAAUUUUUGAUUCAAUCAUUCUUUUCAAGAAAAUCCUCAAAUGCUUAACUUCUACCGAUCAAGUUGAAGUUGAGAGUAGGGAAGAUAUUCUAAAAAAGCUUCAAAAAGCUUUGGAAGACAAAACUUAUCUUCUAAUUCUUGAUGAUGUAUGGAAUGAAGAUCGUCCCAAAUGGGAUGAUUUUAUCAAUUCUUUGGUUGGCGUUACUUCUACCAAAAGGAAUGCAAUUGUUAUUACCACCAGAAAUACGGAAGUUGCUUCAACUAUGCUAUCUCUUCAUACACAUGAGCUCAAAGGAUUAUCAGACGAAGAUUGUUGGUCAAUAAUCCAAGCAAAAACUUUUGGAAAAGAGGAUAUUCCAUUAGAGUUUGAGGCCAUAGGGAGGAAGAUUGCCACAAGAUGUCAAGGUUUGCCGUUAGCUGCUAAUGUAGUUGGUGGAGUGCUAUGCAAUAAAUCUAAAGAAGAAUGGCUCUCGAUUGAAGAGAAAUGGCUUUCUUAUAAUGAAGGGGAUCAUAUCACAAAGAUAUUGAAGUUGAGCUUUGAUAAUUUGUCUCUGCCGUCACUCAAAAAGUGUUUUGCAUAUUGUUCCCUUUUUCCUAAAGGUCGCAGAAUCAAAAGUCAAGAACUGAUUGAGUAUUGGAUGGCAGAAGGAUUUCUUGAAGCUAAUGGAAGCACUGAGAUGGAGUGCUUAGGUGACAAAUUUAUGAAAGUUCUUCUGCACAACUCUCUACUACAAGUUGCAGAAAGAGAUGAUUAUGGAAAUGUAGAGAGUUGUGUGAUGCACGAUCUUGUGCAUGAUCUCGCAUGUUCAAUUUCAGGUUCUUCUAAUAAUACAGAAGGCGGAAGCCGAUUGAGAUACAUGUUUCAUGAUGCAGAAAGUCGUAUUCCAAAAGAAGUGGCAAAAUACUUGCGUACAUUAUUGUUUGAUGGAGACAUUUAUGGUAACAUGUUUGCCAAUUUCGAUCGUCUGCAUGUUUUAGUUCUCGCAUAUGAUUUGUGUGAAAAGUUUCCAAGUUCGAUAAGGAAGUUGAUACAUUUAAGGAAACUUGAUAUUUCGUCAACGCGUAUAAAUUAUUUGCCGGACUGGAUUGGGGAUCUCCAUCAGUUGCAAACAUUAAACGCAGAUACAGGAAGAUUGUGGAAACUGCCUAGUACUCUGAAGUACUUGAUUAAUUUAAGGCAUCUAUAUAUUAAUGAUGGUGUAGAGUUGCCUGCCGAGAUUGGGAGUUUAACUUCUCUCCGGACGCUAGAGUAUUUUAAAGUUGGCGACGAGAAUGGAUGCAAAAUUGAAGAGCUCGGGAGUUUGAAUGGUCUUAAAGGAAAACUGGAAAUUUCUUUUCUUGAAAGGGUUGAUAGCAAGGAAGUGGCUGAGAAAGCAAGUCUAUCUCACAAGUCAAAAUUAUUGGAUUUGUGUUUGAGAUGGGAUGAACAUAGAGAAGGUGAAUCUCCAACUGAUGAGAAUGUGUUGGAAGGCCUCCAACCUCACUCUAAUCUGAAGAUGUUAGUGAUUAAAGGAUUCAAGGCAAAAAGAUUUCCGUCCUGGACCCAGAAGAUGGCAAUUGAAAAUGUACCUCAUGGCUCUUGGUUACCACUUAACAAGUUGGUUGAGAUAAAGCUCUUCAAGUGCUCAGAAUGUGAAGAAAUCCCAAUGUUUGGGCAGUUGCCAAAUCUCAAGUCUCUCUGGUUAGAAGGAUUGACAAACGUGCAGUCCAUAAAUUCUUCAUUCUAUGGAUUAGUGAAUGAGGAGACACGUGUUGUUUUUCCAGCUCUAGAAAGGCUCGUGUUGGUUGAAAUGCCUAAACUGACACAGUGGGAAGAAGUAGAAUCUACAGGUGCAAGUGAUGUGAAGGUAUUUCCUAACCUCCAACACUUAGAGAUCUCUCAGUGCAAGCAAUUGAUGAGUUUUCCUAAUCAUUCGUGGUCAUGCCUCAAAAGUUUGAUAAUCAAGGGAAGUGGGAGCAUGCCUUUCACACACAUAUUCAAGACAGAAUUAAAGUUGCUAACAGAGCUUUGGAUAGAAGGAAUAGAUGAUCUGGAAUAUCUCCCAAAUUGUUUAUUCUAUAACAAUCCCAAUCUCUUGGAGUUAAGUAUAAGAAAUUGUUCCAAUUUGCGAGAAUUACCAGAUGGUCUAGACACCCUCAAUUCUUUGGAGAAGUUGAUUAUAAGCGAGUGUCCAACUUUGGAACGAAUGGCAGUUACUGGUGUGCUACAACCCCAAGGAAGCCUCGCAUGUCUUAAAAGGUUGGAGAUUUUUUAUUGCAAAGCUUUGCUGUAUUUUCCAUGUGAAAUGGUAGGAUCCGUGCUUGAGGAACUGAAGUUGCAGCAUUUAAGUAGCCUAAAGAAUCCACCCGAAAUAAUUGAUUAUCUGCCAAAAUUGCCUUGUCUAAAAGAUUUCGUAUUUGCUGGAGUUUCUCAAUUUUAUGCCAUUUUAUCUUAUUCGACACUAAAAAUAAAUGUUAGCGUGGAGGGAUCUAUGGAGACCGUUGAGUACUUAUUGCAAAGAUGCAACCCCCGCUCACUUUGGCGUUUAGAAUUGGAAGGGAGGGAAGCCUGGGGAAAUUUGCCAGAAUCAAUUCAACAUCUCACCUCUAUUAGUAAUUUAAAGAUAGAUAAUUAUGGAAUGGAAGAGUUGCCUGAAUGGUUGGAGAACCUCUCAUCUCUAAGGAAUUUGAGUAUAUAUAAUUGCAAGAAGUUAAGGAGUCUACAUGCACUGCGGGGCCUCACAUCACUUCAUUGGUUAGAUAUUAAGGGCUGCCCAGAAAUAAGUAUUGAACAACAAAGUGAUGCAGCUGAUUCCCAAUGGCCCAACAUUUCCCAUAUGCCCAACGUUUUUAUUGAUCGACACAGAAUAGUUAAAGACGAAAGGAGAAAACAUAAUAGGAGUUUGAUGAGUGGGUGCCUCUAAAGUGUCCAUUUGAAUUGCUCAACCUUUCUUCAUUAUUACUGCUAUAUCCAACAAGUUUGAUCAAAUUCAGAAGAAGAAAUGUGUUGAUGUCAUUAUGGAAGACGAAAGUUUCCUGACUAGAGAGAGAUCUGCAGGAUCGAGUCUAGCUCUCCCCAUACUCUAUGGCCUUUGGCCUUUUGUGAUUCACAUUGUAAUCUUGUUUGAUCGAGUUUAGUGAAAAGAUCUCUUUGUUCUCCCGUGGAUGUAGGCUUAUGCUGAACCACGUAAACCAUUGCCUUGUUCGUGUUAUUCUCAUUGCAUUGCGAGGUUCAACACCA